UCGUUGGGCCGGGCGAUGAGCCGGGGGCUGGAGCUGAGGGUUCGAGCCAAGCGGGAGUGCAUCUCAGCAGGUAGGCACGUAGCUGUUCCGCAGUCCUUGGACGCCCUCCACCGGGACCUCCUUAGCCUCUUAGGAGUCUUCAGGCUUGGCGGCCCCGGCAGUAUCCUGGCCAAUCAGCGACUAGUAUUGUCUGUGUUGUCGCGGAUCAGCCAAUCGGAAGCAAGGCGGCAGAGGUGUGAGAGGAAGCGAAUCCUGCGUCUGACCCAGUGUCCCUUCAAGGUCUUGGGAAUGGCCAGAGAACUGGCCCCGCGGGCUGCGUCCUCGCCGGAGACGGGGUCUCCCCCACCAACCAGCGUCUGGUUACAGGUAGUCAAGCCACAUACUCCAUUAAUAAGGUUCCCUGACAGAAGAGACAAUCCUAAACCCAAUGUGUCAGAAGUUCUGAGAUCAGCAGGACUCCCAUCUCACUCUUCUUCAAUUUCACAGCAUUCUAAGGGAAGUAAAUCGCCAGACUGGCUGAUGCAUCAGGGUCCACCAGACACUGCAGAGAUAAUAAAAACUUUACCUCAGAAGUACAGAAGGAAACUUGUGUCUCAAGAAGAAAUGGAAUUUAUCCAACGUGGAGGUCCGGAAUAAUCACUGACGACGUGGCUGCUGUUUGUCAUCAGACAAAGAACAGUCCGUACAAUAAAGGCCUUCCAGAAUGACAAAUGAGAAAUUGUACAUUAAACAACUUUAAUACAUAUUCUGUAAAAAAAAAAAAAAUGAAGUAUAGAAAAUUUAGAUGGACACUUGCAUCUCCUAAUUUAUGUAUCUUGGUCAGCUCCACAAGCUUACCUGAUUGUUUAUAUACUUUGUACUUAUUAAAGUAUACAUUUUAAAAUGUCAGCCUAUGAAUUUACUCUUGGUUACCAAGCAUUACAGUGUUCAACUAUUAAAAGCACACACUGUCUCAUGAACUAUCAUAGGUUUCCUGUAAUUUCAUUUUUCUUUCAGUUUCUGUUUAAACAUGGAAAGAAUAUGUCCAGCAGAAUUGCAGCUCUCUGGACGUCAUUUUCCUGAAAUUGGGUGAGGAUCAGUGAAAUAAUGAUUCCCUUAUUUGUUCUAAAUUCUCUUAAUGUUUUUGCAUUCACAAAGUUACUGGAAUAUAACUGGCUUAGUAAGCAUAUCCUACUCUAAAUAAUAAAAGUAUAGCCAUAGUAAAACAGGUGACUUUGCGGUAUUAAGACUAGGGAGUUGACGCAAAAGAUUAUGUAACCUCUAUGCAGAAAAAAAUGUCAGAGUAUAAAAUGGAAAAUGAAGUCAAAAUGAAUAUAGCAUAGGAAUAACAUUUGACCAGAAAUUGUAAUUUAUUAUGUUUUUAGGGGGGUUAAGAAAGUCUUGUUCUUUGGUUUAUUUUACUGUUUUGAUUGUGAUCAUGUAUGCAAAUUCUGAUAAUCAUAAACUUUCUCAAGCUUAUUGUCUGAAAGCCUCAUAAAAUUACCUUAUUAAGGCAGUUUACAGAUUUUAAUAGGGUAUUCCUGUGCCAAGGCUGUGUAUGAUUGUGAAAGUAAAGCCUCACAAAGUGAAAUAAAUUCUCUUCCAUACCU